AUGGCGGCGUCAUUGGCUAAGGCCACGGCUGUCACGAUGGCCGUGGCAGGGCUUGGAGCGAAUGAUGUUCAUCCGGGAGCUCCGUUUGAACAGGCGCUUGAGCAGUUCAAGAAGGGGCUACGACCAAAGCAUCGAUCGACAUUCCAAACAACCACGCUUCCCGAUCUUCUUGCAGCAAUUGACAAAAUUCAGAAGGAGCAGCACUCCAGUCGACGACUUCAAGCCGUUGGACGAUUGAAGCCCACUCUUGAAGCGCUUAAUCAAUUGGGCAAGGUCGUUGAGACGUUUACAAACACAUCAGAAUUUGUCGCUUUUGUCUGGAUUGGUAGCUCCUUUGUGGAAGCAUUCACUGAGCUCCUUAGUAUCUAUGAGAGUCUUGGAGAGGAGCUGCCGCUUGUCCAACAGUACGAAGCCAUUUUCUCGAAGGAUUCAGACAUGAAGAGGGUCCUGGCCUAUCUCUACAAGGACGUCCUGGAGUUUCAUCACCGGGCGUUGAAGUACUUCCAGCAGCCGAUGUUGAAGCAGCUAUUUCAGGCGACCUGGAAAACUUACAAGUCUCGGUUCGACGAUCUGAUCAACGGCAUCAAGAGGCACAGGGAACUAAUUGUUUAUCACGCCAAUUUGUUACGUAUCAAGGCAUCCUUAGACGACAGACGCAACAUAGACCAGCAAUUCAGCCAGAUCGCCGGCGCUGUUAACCAGGCCAGCCUGUCUAUCAAGGCAUGUUUGGAUGAGCGAAAAGUCAGAGACCAACAGCUCAAGGAGAUGGCUGAUGCCGAGAGCAACAGAAAGCUUCGCGAGUUGCAGGGGUGGCUGAGGGCCAGCAAUGUUGCCAAUGACCAACAUGAGUUCUGCAAGCUUCGAGGCGAAUACCCAGGUACAGGAUCAUGGUUACUGGAUAAUCCAAAGUUCAAAGAGUGGUUUGAAACACCCUGUCAGCUGAUGCCUCCAGUGUUGUGGCUCAAUGGUAUUCCAGGUGCAGUUGUCGAAAAGGCCCAGCAGCUCAACCCCCCUCCGGCCGUCUUGUACUUCUUUUGCAAACAUGGCGACAACGAACGAGACAAUUUUGUCUCCAUCGCGCGCAGCUUCCUCUCUCAACUUCUUCCGUAUAAUCGAGAUAUACUGCUUCCAUACUAUCACGAUAAAUAUCAGAGUAGCACGGAGGCAGUCCUGGACACCCGAAGCAUCAUCGAAGAUUUACUCAAGGUGCCCAUUCGAAAUUUCCCGCACGUGUACAUCAUCCUGGACGGGAUUGAUGAGUGCCCGAGGAAAGAACGCGACAUCAUAGCCUCCUGGUUUCGCGAACUUGUUGAGGACCUUCCACAGAGUAAUCCCACACAAAUUCGAUGUCUGUUUGUGAGCCAAGAAGAUGGGGUAGCACGAAAGGACUUUGCGGGUGUUUCUGUGAUCAAAAUUCGAAGCCAGGACAACCUGCGCGACAUUGAACAAUACAGCGCCAAGUGGGCGAUCGACAUCCAGAAGAAAUUUGAGCUUCCCGACACCAAGCGAGAAUCGAUCGCAAAGCUCAUUGUUGACGCUGCCGGAGGCAUGUUUCUACUUGCCAAGUUAAUUUCCACCAACCUUCUUCAUCAACUUGAUGUCGAGGAGUUGGAAUAUGAGCUUGAACCAGGACGAUUCCCGCGCGAGAUCAAUGCUGCUUACUCUCGAAUUAUCGUGAGAAUAUUCGACCAUGUGACCGAGUCGGAACAGCACGGGAGUAGGAUGCUACUGAGCUGGCUGGUUUGCGCCAAACGGUCCAUGAAGUGGCAUGAGAUCCAGGGCGUGAAGUCCAUUGACUUGGAAACAAAGUCGGUAGAUUUCCAACGCUUGCGGUUUCGCGUUGACUCAAAAGAUCUUUGCGGAUCGCUCGUUGAAAUCCGGUCCGACGGGACGGUAGAACUUGUUCAUCUGACCGCUAAACUUGAAAAACAUGUCAACCCAGCGCGAGGAGAAUUGCAACUAGCUUCUCUGUGCGUCAAUUAUCUCAACUUUCCUAUCUUCAACGAUGAGCUUGAACCCAAAGAGAAGCAUUGUCUCAUCCUUAAUGGGUCCUACGCGUUCAUGGACUAUGCCAUUGUUUACUGGGUGCGGCAUCUUGAGGCUAGUUUGGCAUCUCUGGAAAAAGACGGUACCGAUGCGCGCGAUAUUUCCGAGACCCUAGAAGAUUUUAUUGAGCUUCACUACAUCAAUCCAGCCACUCACUUUCCCGUCUCACAAGGAAACGCUGCAAGACUUCGCUGCUUUGAGGAUCUGGAUUGUCAUGACCGACUGCAGCAGGCAGUCAUAUCGACACGAAAGCAGCUUACAUUCUACGGUGAGAUGAACAAAGCCGAGAUUGCCCUCGACCUUGUGGACAUUGUGGAGAGUAUUCGAGCUGCACUUGAAAGGCUGCUGCUAGGGAUCCAGAACGGGGAUGGGGUGGCAGCCAAGCUUGAAAAGCACUAUGGUUCUAACCUCUUCAAAUGUCCCAGGCUCAGCUGCAAAUUCUUCACGAACGGGUUUGCAACCGCUGAGCGACGGAACCAACACCUUGGAAAGCACCAGAGGCCUUUUCGAUGUGCCAUUGAGGGUUGUUUGAGUGGAACCACCGGUAUGGCGUCGGAGAAAGAGCUACAAAAGCACAUGAAGGAAUCUCAUGGCGGGUAUCAGUCUCACGACGAGUUUCCAGACAACGAUGAAGUAUAUCGGAGUCUCCAGCCACAGUUAUCCAUAACCAACUCCGGCAAUCAGACAGGUUUGGUAAUUCAAGAGCCUACCGUGGCGGAAACGACAACAACUGAAGCACCUGAAGCCCAAGACCCAGCAUCUGAUAAUGUCGCUCGCGAAGUGAUAGGACAUCAACGGCAGCAGAGUAAUAAAAGACAAAAGAUUGAGUACAUAUGCUGGUUUUGCUACAAAGUCUAUAACCGCAAAUUCAACCUCGACUCACAUCUUUUAACUCAUAGCGAGGACCGGCCUUGGAAGUGCGACCUCUGCACCAAAGCCUUUGCGCGGGAAAGCGACUUGAAGAGACAUCGGCAAGGCCAUGAUGAAGGGAGCCAUGUUCCGUGCCAAGGGUGUGGCAAGAAGUUUGCACGCCAGGAUACAUUGGCGAAUCACCACAAGUCAAAGUUGGGGAAAAGGUGCUUGUCAGCCUUGAAUUUGCAAAACCAUGCUGAAGAGUCAACUCCAUCGGCGUAG